CAUAACACACGAAAAACACACGAAGGAGAGAGAUCAGGAGAGGAGGCUUAGGCUGAGAGAUAUAGAAAUAUGGGCGGUUGGGCUAUAGCGGUGCACGGCGGCGCUGGUGUUGACCCAAAUCUCCCACUCGAACGCCAAGAGGAGGCCAAACAGCUCCUCACUCGUUGCCUCAAUCUCGGCAUCUCCGCCCUUCGCUCUAAUCUCCCUGCCAUCGAUGUCGUUGAACUCGUCGUGAGAGAAUUGGAAACGGAUCCCAUCUUUAACUCCGGCCGUGGAUCAGCCCUGACGGAGCAAGGGACGGUGGAGAUGGAGGCGAGCAUCAUGGACGGCCAGAAAAGACGAUGCGGUGCCGUUUCGGGCGUGACCACAGUGAAGAACCCGAUCUCACUGGCCCGUCUCGUUAUGGACAAGUCCCCCCAUUCCUACCUUGCCUUUUCCGGCGCUGAAGAGUUUGCUCGCCAACAGGGUGUUGAAGUUGUGGACAACAAGUACUUUAUCACAAAAGAAAAUGUGGGAAUGCUCAAGUUGGCAAAAGAAGCCAAAACCAUCCUGUUCGACUACAGGAUCCCAGCCGUCGGAUUGGACACGUGUAGCGCCGGCGUGGACAGCCCGCUGGUAAUGAACGGCCUUCCGAUAAGCGUGUACGCGCCGGAGACCGUGGGCUGCGUGGUGGUGGACGGCCAGGGUCAUUGCGCCGCCGCCACGUCGACGGGCGGCCUUAUGAACAAGAUGAUGGGGCGCAUAGGCGACUCGCCCCUGAUUGGCGCUGGGACGUACGCGGGUGACCUGUGUGGGGUUUCGUGCACGGGAGAAGGGGAGGCUAUCAUACGCGGGACGCUGGCGCGUGAGGUGGCGGCGGUGAUGGAGUACAAGGGCCUGGGCCUUCAAGAGGCCGUAGACUUUGUGAUAAAGGAGAGGCUUGACGAGGGCUACGCUGGGCUCAUAGCUGUGUCGAGAAAUGGUGAGGUGGCUUAUGGGUUCAAUACAACUGGGAUGUUUAGGGGAUGUGCGACUGAGGAUGGUUUUAUGGAAGUCGGCAUUUGGGAGUAGUGGGGUGUUUCACGACUUCUCUCCAUUUCUCUCUCAUUGUGUUUGUUGGUUGGUUGGUUGAAGGCUUAGGAAAAUAUAUUUUUUUUCCUUAGAUGUAACUUGUGGUGGGAAGUACUACGUACAUGCUUCGUGCCGUUGUGUACUACGAUGACUGGUCUCAGAAAUAAAGUGCUCUGCAAGUUGCU